CGAGUUUUCGUGUUUUUCAUCAAUUUAAUCACAUUUGGCGCCGGUUUUUCUUCGUUACUAAUUUAUUCGAGUGUUUUUUAGCACGUGGUUCAUCUGUAAGUACCUUGACGAUACGAUAUUUAUUAAUAAAUCAAUUUAUAAUGCCUGGCAACUCUUGCAAAGAUGCGAAAAAACCCAAACUUCCCAACGAAACUGACUCUUCCAUCGACUUCGCCGAGGAAUUCAUUCAAUUGGAACGUGAAUUCGUCGCCAGAUUAGCUCCACUCGUAUCCGGAGAAAAGCUCAAGCUAAAGAAAAACGAAUACGUUGAAUACGUUUAUAAUCCUCUCGAGUAUGCGGCCGAAUUACACAAUCAGUACUUGAGAAAAUACUGCGAUUCGACUAAAAAGCUGCUAUUUCUUGGUAUGAACCCUGGACCAUGGGGUAUGUGUCAAACUGGAGUCCCCUUCGGUGAGGUAAAUGCGGUAAAAGAAUACUUGGGAAUAACCGGUGAAGUCGAAGAACCAAAGAAAAGCCAUCCUAAGAGGAAAGUCGAAGGAUUGAAUUGCAAACGUAGCGAAAUUAGUGGUAAAAGACUUUGGGGUUUGAUCGCCGAUUUGAGUAAAAAUAAUCCUUCGGUAUUUUUCAAAGACUGCUUCGUGUAUAACUACUGUCCGUUAGCUUUUAUGAGUUCAACUGCCAAGAAUAUUACACCAGCCGAGUUGAAGGCCGGAGAUCAAUUAACGUUAAGCAAUACCUGCGACGAAUUCUUGCUCAGGGUUUUGAAACUUCUGGAUACGAAGAUCGUCAUAGCGUUAGGGAAAUACGCUGAGAAACGUACACUGGAGGUAUUGGAGAAACAUCAAGUCAAAGAUAUCAAAGUUUACUACGUUCAGCAUCCUAGUCCUUUGAACAGAAACAGCACUAACUGGCUAGAAGAUACCGCCAAAUGUUUGAAAGAAUAUGGUCUCAUUCAUUAUCUACAGUCAAAUUAAUAUUUUCCCUCGUUCCCACCACCGUUG